AUGCGUUUCGGAAAGACGCUGCGGCAGGCCGUCUAUGCGCCGUGGAAGGACAAGUACAUUGACUACGCGAAGCUCAAGUCCUUGCUGCGGGAGGACAAGUACGACGAAGACGACGUCGCUUGGACCGAGAACGACGAGAGCCGCUUCUGCGACGAGAUCUUCAACGGCCAGCUCGAGAAAGUCGCCAAGUUCCAGGAGGAGACCUUCGAGACCUUGAAGCGCCGUAUCGAUGCGGCGUUUGAGAAGCUCAAGGAGCUGGCACCGCCGCCCAGCGAGGAAGAGGAUGGCGCGGAGAACGCCCAGGUCAAGAAGCCUGACGCUGCGACCGCUGCAAAACUGAAGGACAUCGAGACGGAGCUCGACAAGAUCACGACCGAGAUCUCGGAGCUAAAGAAGUACAGCAACAUCAACUACACGGGGUUCCUCAAGAUCGUCAAGAAGCACGACCGCAAGAGGGGUGAUAGGUACAAGGUGCGGCCCAUGAUGCAGCUGAGCCUGUCGCAGCGGCCCUUCAAUUCGGAGCAGAGUUACUCGCCCCUGCUCAACAAGCUGUCCAUCAUGUACUAUGCCAUUCGGCAGCAGCUGGACGACGGCGCCACCGACCAGCAGCCGCUGGAUCUGGAGAGCCAGGGCGAGACGCGCCGCGGCGAGCGGUACACAGCUCACAAGUUCUGGGUCCACCCGGACAACCUGCUGGAGGUGAAGACGUACAUUAUGAGACAGCUCCCGGCCCUUGUGUACAGCGAACAGUCGGCCAAGGAACUAGACGGUAGCAACGACCCGACCAUCACCUCGCUUUACUUCGACAGUCCCAAGUUCGAUCUCUACAGUAAGAAGGUGGAGCGCAAAUCGGAGGCCUCGUCGCUGCGCGUCCGGUGGUACGGCCAGCUGAGUUCGAAACCCGAGCUGUACUUCGAACAGAAGAUCGUUGGCGAGAACGGAUCGAGCGAGGAGCGCAAGUUCGCCAUCAAGGACAAGUACAUCAAGCCCUUCAUCGACGGCACUUACAAGAUGGAGAAGACGGUGCAGAAGAUGGAGCGCCAGGGUCAGCAGGCCGAAGAUAUCGAGAACUUCAAGAGCACGGUCGAAUCUCUGCAGGGCUUUGUCCAGGAGAACAAGCUGGAGCCCGUCCUACGCGCCAACUACGUCCGUACGGCGUUCCAGAAGCCCGCCGACGACCGCGUGCGCAUCUCCAUCGACACCGAGGUCGCCUUCAUCCGUGAAGACACGUUGGACAAGAGCAGGCCAUGCCGCGACCCGGCGGACUGGCAUCGUUUCGACAUCGAUGGCCGGAAUCUGACCUACCCGUUCAAGGACAUCAACCAGAGCGAGGUCUCGAGGUUCCCAUACGCCAUCCUCGAGAUCAAGCUGAAGGAGGAUUCCAGCCGCAAGCGCCCCGAGUGGAUUUCGGACCUGAUGGGAUCUCACCUGGUGCACCCAGCCCCCCGCUUCUCCAAAUUCGUACACGGCGUCGCCUCGCUAUUCGAAGACUACGUCAACAACCUGCCCUUCUGGCUGACCGACCUGGAGGCGGAUAUCCGCAAGGACCCCCAAGAGGCGUUCGAGGCUGAGGAGCAGCGCAAGGCUCAGAGAGCCGAGGACGAGCAGGCCGUGGGCAGCUUUCUGGGCACCAAGAUCAGCUCCUACAAGGUGUCUAAGAGCUCUCCGGCCGGCAAAUCGUAUCUCGCGGACAGGAUGGCCGCCGAGCCCAGCUCCCGCCCGAAGCCCUCCGAACGCCAGUCCCAGCAGAACGGCAACGGGUCCUCGGAUCAGCAGCCAAGGAGCUACGGCACCCUUUCGUCCGUCCUCCCGGGCUUCUCGCUGUCCAAGUACUCCAAGGCCAAGCGGGCGCAGAAAAACCAGCAGCAGCUGCCCGAGGGCGUCGUCGAACCGACCGAAUGGAUCAAGAACUCGGGCGAGCUGAAGAUCGAGCCCAAGGUUUGGCUGGCCAACGAGCGCACGUUCCUCAAGUGGCAGCAUAUCUGCAUUCUGCUCGGCGCGCUCGCCGUGUCGCUGUAUACGGCCGCCGGGGAGAACUUCCUGGCCGAGGUCAUGGGCAUCGUGUACAUCGUCAUCGCCGUGUUUGCUGGAGUUUGGGGCUAUGGCAUGAUGCGCCUGCGGAGGAAGAUGAUUAUCGCCCGCAGCGGCAAGGAUUUCGACAACCUCAUUGGCCCGCUGAUCAUCAGCAUCGCGUUGAUGGUUGCGCUGGUGUUGAACUUCGUGUUUGCCUACCGCGCCGCCGUCGAGAAGAUGGAGUCCAACGACGUGCUUGGCGGUGGUAAUGUCACCGGCGAGCCGUUCCGCCAGGAACUCAUCUAG